AUGAAUUUAGAAAUUCCACAACGCCAAUUCACCAAGGAAGAAAUUAACAGAUGCUAUUUAAGAUGGCAGCAGUUAAGAAAUGAACAUGGUGCUAACGCUCAAAACGUGCCAGAAUUUGUUUAUUUUACAAAAGUCUUGCAGGCUGCUGCAAAGCAACAGCAACAGCAACAGCAACAGCAACAGCAACAACAGCAACAACAACAACAACAACAACAACAACAACAGCCACCGCCACUGCAACGGCCACCACCACUGCAACGGCUACCGCAACAGCCACCGCAACAGCCACCGCAACAGCCACAACCUAUGCCACAACCUAUGCCACAACCACAGCGUCAUCACCAACAGCAACAAAUACAACAGAAUUCUAAUCAAUUAUCUAAUCAACAACGAUUACCUCAACAACAUCAAAUACCUAUGAAUCAAUCUCCCGCCAACCAGCACGCUCAAAUUCAAAAUACAAGCUCUCCAUCAUCAUUAUCAAACCAGAGUCAAUUGAACCAAAUGAAUGGCUCCAACUUAAAUGGAAAUGGAAAUUUACAGUCAAGAAAUAAUAAUAUAGGACAGAACUAUGAGAACCAAAUCUCGCCACAGCAAAAUAAUAAUGUUCCAUUAGCAAGAUCACCGAUGAACAACCAAAUACCUCAACCUCAAUCACAAGCUUUGGUUAAUAAACAUAUUCCAGGAAAUACUCGGAGGAAUUCCAAUGCCAGUAGCCCAGCAUUUCAUAAUGAAACCAUAAUUACUCAGAGUCAAAAUCAAUUUCAAAAUCGCUCAUCGAAACCAACCCCUACUCAACAACAAACUGCAACCUUCCCAACUCAAACUCCACAUAAUAAUAACAAUAUGAAUAUUGCACCAAAUCAAGGCACUAUCAAUAUCCAUGAUAUUCCAAACAGUAAUAUUCAAAAAGUUAGUAAUGCUGGAUCACCUCAGAACCAACAACAACCACAAGGCCAUUCAGGCACACCAAAUAAGAUUUUCUCAGUCAAGCAAUCUAUCUUAUUAAGAGCUCAAAUUACUGCGUUAAAAUGCUUGGCAAACCAUCAACCAGUUCCGACUGAAAGUCAAACAAUUUUACAACAGUCAAUAAACAACCCUCCGGACUUUAAGCAAAUAUUGAUAGCUCUAAGUGAAUAUGUUAAAUACAAACAAAAAAAUAAUUUACCAACUGGAAACCCAAACUACAACAUAAAUCCGAAUUCAAGCCAACAUCAAACACAACAACCACCGCAGAAAGGACAAACACAAUCACCUGUUAAUAUUCAAAGAAAAACCCCUGUACUAAAUCAAGCUCAACUCAAUGGGCAUCCUCAAAGUCACAGCCCCUUUACCCAAAGAAAAUCCCCUUCUAUAAUUACGGAACAAUCGAACUCCCAGAACAAUAGAAACAAUUCUUUUCCCCCAAACAUAUCUGCUUCAACGAAUACCUCAAAAAAUGAUAUUUCUAAUUUAGAUAUGAAUAAGAAGGACACUCAUAUGAGGAGUACAGAACCACUUUCUCAAAACUCUACUUCUAAUUCUAACAUUAAUUCUGACUUAAGUGACGCUACAACAACCUUAACUAGUGACAAUUCAUCCAUAAAUUCAUUGAAAACAAAAAACAUAAAAUCCUCUAAAAAAGUAACUGAAAAAGCAAUAUCUGGCAAUAUAUUAUACCGUACGAAUGGAUCAGAUAAUUACAAUGAUAAAUCUACUAAAACUACUCAAUCAUUAGCAAACAUACCAGAAGAUUCAGAAGAAAAAACUAAUACAUUGAAACAAAUUACAGAGCAAAAAUAUGCUAAUCCCGUUAAAGCAAAACCUAAGAAGAAAAUUGUAAGCCAAUUACCACCUAAAAUCGCACAGCCCAUGCUACUUGAAGAUUUUCAAAAUGCAAAUAAGACUGCAAUGAACAUCGUUAAUACUGACGAUUUCGAUGCAAUGGUUGAUUCAUUUUCAUUACCUGAAAAUUUAUAUUCUACUAUUGAUUAUCAACAAUUGUUUGAUCCAAGUUAUGCUGCAAAUUCAAUGAUCCAACCUGGCAUAUUACCGUCAGGAAUCGAUAUACAUACUUCAAAUGAAAUUUAUCAAACUUUGGUUGCCCUUAACUUAGAUACUGCAGUUGAUGAUUGCUUACAAGACCUUUUGGACGACACUACCGAUGAAGAAAAAAAGGAAGAUGCACUUUUCGAUUAUUACGCAUUAAAGCUUCUUCCCCUUCAAAAAGCAGUUCGUGGCCAUAUUUUACAAUUUGAAUGGUAUCAAAAUUCGUUAUUGCUAAACACUCAUCCAAACUUCUUGGCUAAAAUACGAAAUGUGAAUACUCAAGAUGCUUUACUAACUCGAGAUUUAUAUAAGCGCUAUGAAAUUUUGAAGCUAGAGAAGAAAGAAAAAGAAAGGAAGAAAAAUUUAGAAAUCAUAACAUCUUCUGCAACAAAAAUUUAUUACCAUCGAACCGAACAUAAUAAUAAGCGUAUUAAAUUCGGCCAUAAAAUGAUAUCUGUUCAUGGGACUUAUGAAAAGGAAGAACAAAAAAGACAGGAAAGACAAGCCAAAGAGCGUUUACAAGCAUUAAAGGCUAAUGAUGAAGAGGCAUAUAUUAAAUUAUUAGAUCAAACUAAAGAUACAAGAAUUACCCAUCUUUUGAAACAGACAAAUUCAUUUUUGGAUUCACUAACCAGGGCUGUGAAAGACCAACAAAUUUAUACUAAAGAGAUGAUUGACUCACAUACUAAAGAGGGGUCACAAGAUGCCGAAGAUGCAAAUAAACAAAAAAUAGAAGAAUCUGAUAAUGAUGAUGAUGAUCGAGAAAAGAUUGACUAUUAUAAUGUAGCACACAGAAUUCAAGAAGAAAUUAAAGUACAACCUAGUAUUCUUAUUGGAGGUACCUUAAAGGAAUAUCAGUUAAAAGGUUUACAAUGGAUGGUCUCUCUAUUUAAUAAUCAUUUGAACGGUAUUUUGGCAGAUGAAAUGGGUUUGGGUAAAACUAUUCAAACUCUUUCUCUGUUAACUUUUUUAUAUGAAGUGAAGAAAAUCCAUGGUCCAUUUUUAGUUCUUGUUCCAUUAUCUACUAUCACUAAUUGGACAAAUGAAUUUGAGAAAUGGGCUCCGACUUUGAGAACAAUUACAUUUAAAGGUACACCAAUUGAACGUAAAGCAAAACAAGCUGCCAUUAAAGCUGGUGAUUUUGAUGUUGUUUUAACUACAUUUGAUUAUGUUAUACGUGAAAAGGCUUUACUGGGAAAAAUAAAAUGGGUUCAUAUGAUAAUUGAUGAAGGCCACAGAAUGAAAAAUGCACAAUCUAAAUUGUCACUAACCUUAAAUACAUAUUAUCAUACUGAUUAUAGACUAAUUUUAACCGGUACGCCGUUACAGAAUAACUUACCAGAAUUAUGGGCACUGCUAAAUUUUGUACUACCUAAAAUCUUCAAUUCUGUUAAGUCAUUUGACGAUUGGUUCAAUACUCCAUUUGAUAAUACAGGUGGCCAAGAUAAGAUAGAAUUAAGUGAAGAGGAGACACUUUUGGUUAUUAGAAGAUUACAUAAGGUCUUAAGACCAUUUUUACUACGUCGUUUAAAGAAGGAUGUGGAAAAAGGGUUGCCAGAAAAAGUAGAAAAAGUUAUAAAAUGUAAAAUGAGUGCCCUUCAAAAUGUUAUGUACCAGCAAAUGUUAAAACAUCGUAGACUAUUCGUUGCUGAAUCAGCCAAAAAGAAAAUCAAAGGGUUUAAUAACCAACUGAUGCAAUUAAAGAAAAUUUGUAAUCACCCUUUUGUCUUUGAAACGGUAGAAGAUGAGGUUAAUCCUUCGAGAGAAACUAACGCAAAUAUUUGGAGAGUCGCAGGUAAAUUCGAGCUAUUAGAUAGAAUUUUGCCUAAAUUAAAAGCUACUAGUCACAGAGUGCUGAUAUUUUUUCAAAUGACCCAAAUAAUGGAUAUUAUGGAAGAUUAUUUAAGAUUAGCAGGUACGAAGUAUUUAAGAUUGGAUGGGCAAACUAAAGCCGAAGAACGUAGUGAAAUGCUUCACUUGUUCAAUGAUCCUAAUUCUGAAUAUUUCUGUUUUAUUUUAUCUACUAGAGCUGGUGGGUUAGGUCUAAAUUUGCAAACCGCCGAUACAGUCAUAAUUUUUGAUACAGAUUGGAAUCCACAUCAAGAUCUUCAAGCACAAGAUAGAGCCCACAGAAUUGGUCAAAAGAAUGAAGUCAGAAUUUUAAGACUGAUUACAGAACACUCUGUUGAGGAGGCUAUCUUGGAACGAGCUCACAAGAAAUUAGAUAUCGAUGGUAAAGUUAUUCAAGCGGGUAAAUUUGAUAAUAAAUCUACAUCAGAGGAACAAGAAGCGUUACUAAGAUCACUUUUAGAAGCUGAAGAAGAAAGAAAGAGGAAAAGAAAUGCUGGUAUAGAGGACGAGGAAAUUGAUGAUAAAGAACUAAACGAGCUGUUAUGCAGGGGUGAAAAUGAACUUGAAAUAUUCACGAAGAUCGAUGAAGAGCGUGCUAAGAAUGAUUUACGGGCAGCGUACAAGACUAGAUUAUUUGAUAAAAGCGAACUUCCAGAAAUAUACUCACAGGAUAUCGACGUUGAGUUAGAGAAAGAAAAAGCUGAAAAUGAAAAUCUAUAUAUGGAACGUGGUCCAAGAGAACGUAAAGCAAAGUCUUAUAGUGACAACAUGACAGAAGAACAAUGGCUUAAACAGUUUGAAGUCAGCGACGGGGAAGAUAAAGUGGACAUUAAAGACACAGCUGCUAAUGAGUCUGAUAUAGAUCUUGCAGAUAAUACUGUACCUUCAGAAGAUGUUACAGAUCUUAAAGAUACGAUCGAACCUAACUAUGUUAAACCUAUUACUGGUGGAGAAAAGUCAGAUUCGGAUUCUCAAGAUGGUGAUUUUGAAGAAGAAAGCAAAAAGAGAAAGGCUCCUAAACCUAGGGGGCGUCCAAAGAAGUUAAAACUGGAUGAAAACAAUGUUAUUCAUUCUACUGUUCCAUCAGAUCCAGAUAUUCCUGUCAAAGAUGAUUCAAAAGAUACUGUUCCUGCACAUUUUGCGGGCAAAACAUCAGUAAAAUCUAUUGCAGCUUCAAAGUCAACUAAACGUAAAAAAAAAUCUUCUCGUGGCCGUGGAAGACCAGCAAAGCCUGGCCCUGCUACCAAAGGACGUCCAAAGAGAAAUAAAAAUGGUCAAGAAUAUUUAAGAAAUCCUGAGAAUGUGUCUGAGCCGCUAGACAUAAGAAAAGAUGUAGCUAAAAACGCUCAAGAUUUAUUAACAUUUGCAGAAACAUAUAGAAAUACAGAUAAUAGGCAACUGUCUGAGAUAUUUUUAGAUAGACCUCCUAAAUCAGUUUAUCCAGAUUACUAUUUAUUGAUUAAAUAUCCAAUUGCGUUUGAAAAUAUUGAAAAACAUAUUGAAACAUUGGCGUAUGACACGAUGGUUGAAGUACUAGAGGAUUUUCAUUUGGUCUUUGCAAAUGCUCGUAUUUACAAUUACGAAGGAUCUAUCGUGUAUCAAGAUUCCAUAGAACUCGAGAAAGUAGUAUUUCAGAAAUACGAAGAGAUUACUGGUUCAAAAUCAGACAUAGAUUUCUCAAAGUUUGAUGAAUUAUUCGCAACAAAACCUCUACUCAUCAAUGCUAUUAAUGAAGUUACAUCAGCAUCUGAUAAUACACCUGUCUCUACUCCAAUUGCGGAAAAAGACCACGAAGAUAAUGAACAAGAACUCUAA